AUGUCGACCGAAGCCCUCGGCGUUCUGUCUGCUGCUGCCGCCGCCGCUCAAAGCGCAGGAAAAGCAGAGCAGGGCGCCUCGCCGGCCUUUUUGCACUCGCCGCCUGAUAGCAACAAUGCGGCCAAAUCGGAGGGCAGCGACUCGGAACUCAGCGACUUAGACGAGGAGCCCGUCCUCCCUGGGCCGCCACUGACUGCGCCGAGUCAAGCACCGCAAUUCUCGACGACCGAGUUUCCUCCCGUUCACGAGCCUCCAGCCGAAAGCGAUGCGCCCGUGGAAGACGACAUUGGCGAGGUCUUGCCGGCCGACUGGUCGGGCAACGUUGCCAUCUUCAAGCCGACGAUGCACCAGUUCAAAGACUUUGACAAGUUCAUGGCCAAGGUGAAUAGCUACGGUAUGAAGUCUGGUAUCAUAAAAAUCGUCCCGCCCAAGGAAUGGCUCGACGAACAACCACCCCUCGACGAAAUGGUCAAGACGCUUCGAGUUCGCGAACCCAUCAAGCAAGACAUCAUGGGCUCCAACGGCACAUAUCGCCAAGUCAACAUACUUCACGGCCGUUCGUAUAAUGUACCCGGAUGGAAGAAGCUAUGCGAACAGAGCGAACACCAGCCGCCAGCCCGCCGUGGCGAGCGACGAGCCAACGCCGACAAGCCGAAGCCCCGAAGGUCAGCAGCCGCUGCUCCUGUGCCGAAACCGCAAGAGCCGCCCCGACCCAAAAAGCGCGGUCGAAAACCGAAGCGAGGCGGCAGAGCAGGAGGCAGGGGUGGGAGAAGCGCCAGGGCUCAAGAGGAUCGACCUAUGACGCCGGUAUCUCCCAAAGCUGAAGAGGACGAAUCUAUGGAGACGAUCGAACAUGACCAGCCAGAAAUGGGAUUUGCAACGCGGGGAGGAAAGGCCAAGACGCAAUCCGUGUCAGCUCGUCGCAAAUACCAGAAGCGCGAAGGGUCGGCCAUGAUUGAUGAGGCAGCGUUUAAGGACUUUGACUACAAGAUGGACAUUUCCGAUUACACGCCCGAGCGCUGCGAAGAACUGGAGCGAGCAUAUUGGAAAACCUUGACAUACGCGCCUCCUCUGUAUGGUGCCGACAUGAUGGGCACCCUCUUUGACGACCGCACGGAAGCAUGGAACCUCAACAAAUUGCCCAACUUGCUGGAUGUCCUAGGCACGAAGAUUCCUGGUGUCAACACAGCGUAUCUUUACUUCGGCAUGUGGAAGGCGACGUUCGCGUGGCAUUUGGAGGACGUGGAUCUGUACAGCAUCAAUUACGUACACUUUGGUGCGCCAAAGCAAUGGUACAGCAUUUCCCAGGCGGACGCUCGCCGCUUUGAGAAUGCCAUGAAGAGCAUUUGGCCCGCCGAUGCGAAGGCCUGCAACCAGUUCUUGCGCCACAAGGGCUUCCUCAUCUCGCCUCAACACUUGCUCCAAAACUACAACAUCAAGGUCAACAAAGUUGUAUCGUAUCCAGGAGAAUUCGUGGUCACUUUCCCCUACGGAUACCACUCGGGAUACAAUCUAGGAUAUAACUGCGCCGAGGCUGUCAACUUUGCGCUUGAACCUUGGCUGGAGAUGGGCAAGAUUGCGAAGCGAUGUGAAUGCGCGCAAGCACAAGACAGUGUCUGGAUCAAUGUUUACGAGAUUGAGCGCAAGCUUCGUGGCGAAGAGACAGACUACGAAGAGACCGACGAAGACGAGGACGACGAAGAGGACGAAGAGGAAGACGAUACAGGGAUUCACUCGCCGCACGGCCAAGUUAAGAUCAAGGUCGCGACCAGGAAGCGAAAGCGACAGGCCGGUGAGAAGGCUGGUGAGCCGAAGGUCAAGAAGAUCAAACUGCGGCUGAAGAGGCAGGCUGAGCCUCCUUGCUGUUUGUGUCCGAAUGACAUCUCUGCCAUGGAACUCUUACCGACUGACGACGGUCGCAAAGCGCAUCGCGUCUGUGCGCUGUAUCUGCCUGAGACGUACAUUGACACAGUGGACGACCAUGAGAUUGUGUCUAACGUGAGUGGCAUCCACAAGGACAGGACUGAGCUCAAGUGUCUGUAUUGUCGCUCCAAGAGAGGCGCGUGCUUUCAAUGCUCACAGAAGAAAUGUGCGAGAGCGUAUCACCCGACAUGUGCUGCCGCGGCCGGUGUCUUCAUCGAGGAAGAGGAUGUUCCAGUGUUCGGCGACGAUGGCGUCGAGUACAAGGAGCAGGCAUUCGAAUUCAGCUGCCGUUUCCAUCGCACGAAGCGCGACAAGAAGCGCGAUGGCGAGGCACUUGAGAACGAUGAACGUAUUCGGGAGCAUGCAGCGAAGCUCAAUAAGGGCGACGUCUGCCAGCUCCAAUACUUCCGGGGCGAGGUGUUUGCUGGCAUCGUUGUGGAGAACCGUGCUGAUGAACAGAUGCUUCUCGUGGACAUUUUGCCCUCCGGCGACCGUCUUGAAAUCGAAUGGAAGUGGCUCGCAGUCGCCGAUCCAGCUGACUACCACUUGCCCAAGGCCUCACCCAACGCCCUCCCCUUGCCACCGUCGCAAAAGGCCAAGGAUAAGCUGAACGCCAAACGCUCCGAGGACGAGAGGCCAAGGAAGGAUGACGUUUUCGCACCAGGUUAUGCCUGGGCCGAGUUCAAUCACCACGUGCUUGAUCGCAAUCCCGAGCAGGUCAAGGUUGACCUCUCCAAGGACAACCAGCUCUGGUACUUUAUCGGCAAAGGCUCGACGGAUACCAAAGCGCAGUACACUGAGGAUCCUAGGAGACAGUGCCACAACGCCAAGGCCAACUUCUUGGACACUCUGCCUAAGCCGCCCAAGCCUGUCAAGGCAGUGCCAAAUCCAACCGUGCGGAGGCAAUCAUACAAUACCAACCCGGGCUUCAUCUACGCGCCAGGCAUGUCAACGACACACAACACACCACAAGCUGCAGCGAAGAAGGAGCCAAAGCCUUACCAAUACAAGCCUAAAACGCAAAUGUCGUACGGCUAUCCAGCGCCGCAAGCUCCUACUUACACUGCGCAGCAGUUCGCGCCCAGCACUCAGCCCCAUGCUUCUCGUCCGAUCAACAACUCGUACAACUAUUACUUGCCACCGGGUUCUCAGUCGGGACAGCAGGGGAAUCAGGCUUACACUCAAACACCUGCGUAUUCCCAGCAGCAGCUCGAGGUCAAGCCGCACAGGACACCCAUGAACUAUCAUAAUCCCAAGCAGCCGUAUCAAGCACCUGCCGCCCAACAACACUCAUCGCCAUCUUGGGGGCAGCCGUCGCAACAGAACAGCUACCAGCAGACGCCGCAAUACCCCCAGCAUCCUCCUCAAGACUACUCACAGAGCUCUGUGCCGCGCCCAACAAGCUCGGUCUCGCCGCCUUCAAUGUCAGGGUCUCCUGCUGCACACCAACCAGCCGCCUUUUCACCACCGGCUCCAUCACAUAGUCCCGCGGCACUACCGCCGCAAAGGACCAUGUCGACACCUUCAUCCACGUCCGCUGUGCCCAAAACAGCGCAGGCCCCUGCCGCCACUCCGACAUCCCCUCCUGUUGCCGCUAAACCAAUCCAGCAGAGACCGCAACUCACUACAACAGGAGCUAUUGAGACGCUCCAGCAUGACAUCUGCAUCGCCGCCGACUAUGGCAGCCAGGCCUACACAGCCGACGAAUGUAGCUGGUCCUUCACAACCUCCUGCCGGCGUAACAACUUCGAAACGACCUGUGGCAGCCAAAGUGGCGAGGAAGCCCUCGUAUACGAAGAAGCUGCCGCCCCCCACGCCCAAUAUCGCGUCUCCGCCGCCCAUGCCUCUGAUGGCCGACACUGA